AUGCCAACUCAAGGAAAAAGCAGCAAAAUGCUGCAACAUAUCAAUUAUCGUAUGCGAUGUACACUACAAGAUGGACGACAACUUGUUGGUACAUUUAAAGCAUUUGAUAAACAUAUGAAUCUUAUAUUAGCCGAUUGUGAAGAAUUUCGUAAAGUACGAAGUAAAACUGAUAAAAGUGAACGUGAAGAACAACGACCAUUAGGUUUAAUUUUAUUACGUGGUGAACAUCUUGUUUCAAUGACAGUUGAAGGACCACCACCAAAAGAGGAAGUCGGUAUUGCUCGUGUACCAACAAAUGCAGCAGCAGCCGCACAAGGUGCUGGUCGUGCAGCUGGACGAGGAGUUAUACCACCUGUACCUGGUGCACCUAGUUUUGCAGCUCCUGGUCUUCAAGGACCAAUACGUGGUAUUGGUGGACCUGGUUUCAAUCAAAUGGCACCUAAUGGUCGAGGCAUGCCAGUUGGCAUGAGAAUGCCACCACCACCUAUGGGAAUACGUCCACCCGGCAUGUAA